AGCAGCAGUGAGUGUGAAGACCUGUCCUGCUGUCACAGCGCUGCUCCGCUGUUCUCCUGCCCCAUCAUGUGGGAGGCUCGCUCGUCCUCCUUUUGGAGGGCUAUGUUUGCCGAGUUCUUUGGCACCAUGUUCUAUGUGUUCUUUGGCCUGGGGGCUUCACUUCGCUGGGUCGCCGGGCCCCUUAACGUUCUGCAGGUGGCACUGGCCUUUGGUUUGGUGGCUGCCACCAUGGUGCAGUCCCUAGGCCACGUGAGCGGUGCCCACAUCAAUCCAGCAGUCACCAUGGCCUUCUUGCUGGGCUCCCAGCUCUCCCUCUUCCGCGCUGUCUUCUACAUGGUGGCCCAGGUGCUGGGAGGAGUGGCUGGGGCCGCUGUGCUUUAUGGAGUCACGCCAGCAGCGCUGCGGGGUAACCUGGCACUCAACACGAUACACCCCAGUGUAAAUGUAGGCCAAGCUACCAUCGUGGAGAUCUUCCUGACCCUGCAGUUUGUCCUCUGCAUCUUUGCCACCUAUGAUGAGAGACGCAAUGGGCGCAUGGGUUCUGUGGCGAUGGCUGUGGGAUUCUCCCUCACUCUUGGACACCUAUUUGGGAUAUAUUACACAGGAGCUGGCAUGAAUCCUGCCCGAUCUUUUGCCCCUGCUGUUAUCACCCGCAAUUUCACCAACCACUGGGUGUAUUGGGUCGGACCCAUAAUCGGUGGUGUGAUGGGCGGCUUCUUGUACGACUUCAUCCUGUUCCCCCGGAUGCGUGGCAUCUCAGAGCGCCUGUCUAUCCUCAAAGGUGACCGGCCAGCUGAAACAAGUGCUGCCCCAGAGCCUCCUGGGGAACCUGUUGAGCUGAAGACGCAAGCACUAUAAACAGUGACCCAGGGUGAUCAAACCAUAGCAUGCAUGCCCCUCCUCUGGGGAGAGAGGGGGCAGAAACAACUGGCCCAGUAUACAGACUGUUCUUGCUCCUGGCCAGUAGGAAGUGAUGUCUUAGCAGACACAGAUCCGAAGGGACAGUUUGUUAUCCAGUCUCUCUCUCUCAGAAAAAAACAAAAAACAGAACAAUAGAAUGGGGAG